AUGCAAUUUUGGACAUUUAUUAUAUAUUUUUUGGCAUUUCUCUUGUGUGCGCAGAAUGGGAGAUAGUUUAUGUUGUAGAAAAUUUCAGGCUUCUAGCUAGCUUCUUUGGUAGAGGAAUAUUUUGCAUUUUCUUAGGAACUAUAUUACUAGAUGAUAGCUCAUAAAAAACUUCAUCUAUUUUAUCAUUAACUAUUGGAAUUAUUUUAAUUGUUGUUGGAUUAGCUUAUGAAGUAUUAGCAUGCACAGUAAAGAAUUAAGAUAACAGUGGAGCUGCUGCAGCAUAAAAUGCAGCUUAAGGAACAAAAGAAAAAGAAUAGGAACAUAUAUAAAAUAAUGUAUGAAUAUUUAAGAAAGCAAUCAAUUAUACAUAUUACUAAAAUAUAAGAAUGUAUAUAAGAAAAGAAAAAUUUUGAUAUAUCACUCUUAACUAUCAAACCAAUUUAUAGAUAGAUAUAUAGACUUUUCUUAAAAUAAUUAUAAAUAGUAUUCUUCGUAUUAAUCAUCAAAACAAAGUCUAUAUAUAAUAUAUCCUUAUUCAUUAAUGAUAAAUUUUUACAUAUAACGAAUUAUUCAUUUUCGUAUCAAAUUAAUUAAGUAAAUUCAAAAAUAAAUUGUAAAUAAUAACCCAUUUUUUAUAAGCAUUAAAAAUAGUUAUUUUAUUUUCUUUUCUUUAUGAUUGAUUUAUAAAUUAAACUGAAUUUUCAUUUUCUUUAAUAAAUGCAAAAUUAAAUAUAAAUUUCCUACCUAAAUAUAAAAUGUAAUAUUCUGUGA